AAAUAGAAACCCUUUUUUAUUUUGCCUCGCCCUCUAUCAAAUAGACUCGCUUCAAAGCGGCUACAUUCGGCCCAUGCCAUGUCUGUUCUUUUUGCUUUUCCUCUGCUCUGCUUUCCCCCCUGCCUCAGCUCCAGCCAAGGCGCAUUUGCAUCCAUGCCCGCCAAAUUCUCUCGACAGCCAGCAUGGGCCUGUCCAGUUCAAGCUUUCGUUUCUUGCUCUCGCUUUCUCUGUUCCGGCCCGAGCAAACCCUUCAAAGUAACAAGGCGAAAAUGAAAAAAGAACAAAGGCAAAGGCGAGAAAGCAAGCAACAACAAAGACAAAACUGCGCAGAUAGAUUCCCCGAUUUUUAUGUUCCCCAAAGAGUCCGCAGAUGAAUAGAUAGAACCCGCCCUCCUCAUCGACACUGCAUAAAGCGUGAGCUGGUCAUCAUCAUCGUCAUCGAAAGCUGAUCGUUCAAAUCAUCUCUCCCUCCUUUUCAAUCAAUCUGUUCUGUCCCGCAUAAAUGCAUGUCAUGAGAUGGAAAAACAAAAUUGCAUCAUUUUGACCGUUUCCUAACCCUCCCUGCCCCAAUUUGUUGAAAUAAAAAAAAAAGAAAAGAAAAAAGAGAAGAAAAAAGAAAAACGUUAUUACGGCUCCAUAUGCCGAGCAACUGUCAACCAACGUUCACUGUAUCCCGUCCAACCAAGUAGCAAGCAAACAAGCUUCCUCAAAGUCAAGCCAGCAAAGCAUGGUAGGACAAAGAAGCGCUGUAACAGGCAACGCCAUAUGAUGCUCGAGGGGCCAAAGAUGAAAAAGAGAGAGAGAAAUAGAUAAACAUCUUGUAGCGUCGGCACGGCAUCAUUUUGGCUGGCCGAAAAGUCGUGAGCCAUAUCCAAGCGGUUUGCGGCUGGAGACGGGCGAGAUUGAAGGCUGCAGAAACGUCUUGCCCAGGAAUCGGUAAAGUAAUUUGGAAAUCGGAAACAGUGUGCACACGAUGUCAGGACCGGAUCCGCUGGCAGAUAAUCUUGCGACGGCAUCUCUAGUCAUGAAAACCGAAAGGAAAUGGACAUCAAUUUUUUACAAUCGCUCUUUUGGGGUUCUUGCUUUGCUUUUGUCUUUUACACUCGUCCAGUUCGUCCCUUCUUGCCGACCGAGACGGU